AUGCUUCUAACUCUCAGUCAUACUUCCAACAUGCUGCCAAGACUUUCAUCAGUCUCAAUGCCUGCUUCGUACCCCGACACUUCGGUCUUGCUUAGAGGCUUGGGUCUCCUUGUCUCUAUUGCUCUACUGCUUUAUGUCCUUUGGUUCAAAGUUCUAUGCGUGGUACUGCCAGUCUCACAGGGAAGUGAUCAAAGUCCCCCAGAAAUACGACGAUCUGCAUUGCAGAUUACUCGAUCAUUCUUUGAAAAACGAUUUGACUUGGUCAACGAUGAGUUCAAGGCCACAUCAUCUUCCAUUUAUCGUCUGACCCUAUUCGGACGCAAAGCUACCGUUCUCUCGGGAACAGAAGGCCGACAACUCUUCAUGAAAGAGAAAGGACUGAACAUUUACGAUUCUUUCUUUGCUCUUCUAGGCAUUAAAAGUGUUGAGCACGACCCCCACCAGGUCAACGCUAUAGUGAAGCGGAUCAUCUGCAUGCAGCGGCCUGAGUUUCUACAGUCAAUGAUUCCAUUGAUACUCGCUACUUGUCAACACGCCAUGGACUCAUGGGGGCCUGAAAAAAUUCUUGACCCAUGCUCUUCAAUUCACGAGAUGACAUUCCAAACAAUCAUGGCAACCGGUUUCUUCGAGAUAUCUCGCGACCUAUCACUAUCCUCUGAAUUCAGAUCACUGAUAGAUGUUGUCGACUCACCAGCCAAUCCAUAUAUGACCUGGUGGCCUUGGCUACCCAACAUGUUGAUGAUCCGCAAGAUGAUAUCCGUGGCCCGAAUCUACCUUAUUGUUCGGAAGCAGAUCAACAUCCGGAAAGCCAGUGGAGUGAGAAGAAACGAUGCGGUUCAACAUAUGUUGGAUGACGGAGAGAGCACCAUUCAAAUCUUGGGGUUCAUCUUAGGGCUGUCACUCGCCGGUGCCCGCGCGACUGGAACAAUAGGUAAUGACCCCAACCAGAGGCAGAGGCAAGCGAUUAACAUUAUUUUAGUAUCUUGGCUGAUCAUGCGACUAUCCACCAACCCCGAGUGGGCCCGCACCAUCCAAACGGAGAUCCAAGCCUUGCUAUCGCGUACAGCUCAGACCUCUCUGUCUUCCAUCACUCUCCGAGAGUGGGAGUCCCAAACUCCGAUGCUUGACCGCUGCAUCCGCGAGACCCUCCGAACAUCCCAGCCCUACAUAGCAAUGCGCCGGAAUACUGGUCCUGCGUUAACGGUGCAAGGAUAUACAAUCCCAACCGGAGCGCUCGUGUUUUACCCAUUUUCGGAUACCUCCUUGAACCCCGCAUAUUACCCUGACCCGAUGCGUUGGAACCCGAGCCGGGAAGUCAAAAGCGAGUUCAUCUGCUGGGGUGCGGGAAAAUUCGGGUGCAAAGGACAAAGACUGGCGAUUUUGAACAUGAAGCUGGUUGUGGUGUCGAUACUGAUGCAGUUUGAUGCCAGCAUGAUUGGAGAGGUGGAGGAUCUGGUUCCUGAUUACAACGACUCUGUGACUUGUCGACCACGAGGGAAUCUUGGAAUUCGAGUAAUCAGGAAGUAA